GAAGCGGCUACUACUACGUGCCUGCCGCUGGCUCCAGUGUGGCAAGCUUGCCGGCUGCUUCAACCUACCGCUACACGGUCCCAGCUGCCACCGUGCCAGGCUACGCACCACCUGCAAGGGUCAGCUAUGUCGCCACCCCGCAAAGGACUGUUGCCG